AUGGAAUUCAUUUUAUCCUUAAAUCCAUCAACAUAUCAGCGCAAAGUAACAAUUUACGUCUUGUCAGGUACAACCUUACUUUUUAAGGCAUCCUUAACCCUAUUCAUGUUAGGGAGACCAAGACAAAUCAUGAAGAAUAAAUGUGAACAAAUCGUUGGUGUCGUAUUGAUUUUCAUUUUCAUCAGUUUUUAUGUCACGAAUAUAGCGUUACAAAAUCCCGUCGUAAUAAUAUAUGAAGAUACUCAAAAAUGCAAUAAUUAUAAUUCAUUGUAUUGUUCAAUCACGAGCUUUGGUACAAUCAUCUGUGAGUUUGUAAUUGAUACCUAUGUUCUUUCUCGUCUUGUAAACAUUUUUGUCAAACAAAAUCCAGUAGAAGGGUUCAUAAAUAAUUCAAUAAUGGGGUUAAAUUUAAUUAGAUUGACUUUUACCGUUUUAUCGCAUUUAUUUUUCGCUUUAAAUAUGAUUCAAGUAUUUGAUAAGUUUGAAAUUGGUUCGAUCGUGAUUUACGUUAUCGGCGCCAUCAUUCGAAUUAUUCUCGUAUAUACAAUCGCAUCCGAUUCUGAUCAAACAAGGUUCUCCAAGUUUAGUAAUGAAGGUAAUAAUGAUAAUUUAAACGAAAUAAUAGCGACGGGAGAUGAUCGAUCACCCGUCAUAAGGUUGUCCACUUUAGACGAUCAACGAGAUGAAGAAGAAAUGGGAAAAAUUGACUUCUUUAAAAGAAGCACAUUUUUACAUUGGCCAUUUUUGGCACACCAAUCUCCUGACGAUAAUAAAGAUCCCGAGGAAAUUCAAGAGAAUCAUCGACAGCAAACUUAUUUGACGAUGGAAUCUAACAAUCAUGAAAUGGGUAAACAAGAAUUUGGAAGCAGGGCUUACCUACAACAAGAAUCUCGAGAUAAAAAUCCCUUAUACGAUCUUUACGAGAGUUAUUAUCAAGAUAGUAACGUUAUUUCUGAAUUCCUUGACUCGGAUGGGGGGAUCGAACAACAAGAAUAUAUUCAUGAUGAUGCGUUAACGAUACCUGAACCCGUCAUUAAUGAUGAGAGAGUAUCUUUAACUGACAAUGAAGAUUUUGAUAAUUAUCCCGAAAAUGAAGGAUACGAGAAACCAACAUUUUAUGGCGUUGCAUUCUAA